UAAAGAAUUAAAUUAAAUCAAAAUGUUUCAUCAAGUAAAAGAGUUUACGUGUCGAUUCGUUACUAACCACCAAUGAUUGUACAUGGCCUUCAAAGAUUAUUUACUAUUCUCUGACAACUGUGCAGAACGCUCGAUAUUUAACUUUAGUGGAAUUCUUUUAAGAUCUAUCUAUCUAUAUAUAUAUAAUAGUUGUAAAAAAGGUGUAAUAAUAUAAAAUGGAAUCUAAUAGUUGUUUUACGGAGAAAAGAAGAAUAAGAGGAAAAGAUAUUCUUAGAAUGGAUGGUCUUUUACCACCAACACGUCGUCUGCCAGUUUGUAACGCUAUAACUUCAACGUCUUAUAAGAAGAAAGAAAAGAAAUGGUCUAUCGGAGGAAUAUUCAAACGUAUAUCUUCUAUGCGAGAUGAUGACAGUUCUUCUAACGAAGAAGAAAUAGUUUAUUGUAAAAGGGAACCAAGGAAACCUCCUAAAAUCAAUAAGAAAUCGGACAAUAUAGUACUUCAUCCAGUCAAAACUAAUAAUGAACGUCAGACCGGGUCUAAUAAUUUAUUAACCGAAACUAAUGUAGAAAAAUCAAUGGAAUCUCUUAACGUACACGUAGAUUCUGUACAUUCACGUAGUAGUGAUGGUUCGUUGGAAGGUAUGGGUAGGAAAAUAAGAAAAAAUAAAAUGAAAGCAAGAGUAGAAGCUAAAAGAGAUCAGUUAUGUCCUAACAGUAGUUCUGAUGAAGAUUCACGUAUUUCUAAUAAUUCAUUGACUAAAUCACUAUUAGAGGAUCAACAUUCGCAAAGUAUUUGUAAAACUAAUUCUUAUAGCAGACGUACUCGAGCUGCUAGAACAGAACGAUAUAUCAAACGUUUGUUUAAAGAAGAAACAACCAUAGAUGAUGGCAAUCAAAUCAAUUCUAAACGAGACAAUUCUGAAUGUUUUGACGAAGGACAACAUAUUGUUAUCGUUAAUUCGAAUGAUACGUCUCGUCAAAUAAAACAUUCAAGACAAUCAACAACCAUGAUGCAAUCUAAUGAUCAAGUUCCAACACAUAAGCCAGUUGUGUUAAGUUCUCCAAAUAUCAAUACAGAUAUGAAUCAAAAUAGCUAUUAUGAAAACAACACUGCUGCUGGUCGUUGGAUGGAACAGGAAUCAAAUAAUUAUUUUACACUGUCAUCGGUGAGGGAUAUUGACCGUCAAAAAGAUCACAUUAUGGAACAAAAAUCUAUGCCAAGAUCAUCUAAUCCACCAGAUCCUCCACCUCGUGAUCCUCGUCGUGUUCCUACUUAUGCGUGCCAUUCUUUUCCUUUUAAUGGUAGAAGUCAAAAGAAAAGACUUUUUAACGGAUAUGCAAAUACAUGUAUGGAUCCAAAAUUCGAUUGGAUGGAUGAAUUCGAUAAGAUCAACAAUAUUCUUCCACAAGAAUAUACAAAUAAUAAGUAUACGUCAAUGUGUAAUCGUUCGAACGAGAUUGAACGUAAUCCGUGUCGAUCUCUGCAAAUGGACGAGCCUGAGGCUUCAAAGUGUAGAAGAAAGAACAAUCGUAAUAAUCAACUUAGUUUGAACGUUAAUGAAUACGAUCAGAGUGUAAAACAGAUUCAAUUAUCGAUGGAUUGUGAACCAAAUGGUAUAUAUGGACGAAUCUCGGCACGUAAUACUCAAUCCUCUAACGAACGUUCGUAUCUUACAAAUAACGAUGGGAAUGAAAUGAAUAUCGAAGAAAAGAACAAAAAGACAAGGAAGAUGGAUGAAGAGGCAGCUUUAGAGAGAAAACAAUCAUCGAAGAAUCUUGAGGAAGCUAUUUUCGAGUUGGAAGAAAUAUACAAUAGUUUACGACUUGGAGAUGAGGAUUUGUUAGAUCGAGCUGAAAGAAGAAGUAUGGAAGAAUUUAGUCUUAAACAUGGACAACCUGAAGAUAAACCAGUGAAAGCUGAUACUUGUGAUUCACCAGAUAGAUCGAAAGACGACAUGGCCUAUAGAAGAAUGCAUCCUGUUGAACGACCAACUUCCUUGUCGGAUAUUAUUGGACAAUCAUCAUUUUCAAACAUCAGUUACCUUAUUGCUUCACCUGUGCUUUCACGUAGAGACAAUGUGUUUGAUGAAAUGAAAACACCUAUUGGCAUAACGCGUCGUGAUGAGCCGGAUGUAACGAAAGAUGAUGUUGUCUUUCGUAGUAUACAUCAUGCCAAUAAUACUCUUAAAGUUAUUGAACCUCAACCACCUUUUGGUAUACCACUUGGACCAGUGACCACUGCUACAGAGAGCGACUAUCUGCACACAGUGCCAAAUAAAUCUAAUCCACCUCGUUCGCCAUAUAUACCACAAUGCGAACCUGAUGUCGUUACGGACGAUUUAGCUUUCAGAACACUUAGAAAAGAUUCUACAACAACACCAACAAAGAAUAACGUAGAUAAUCUAAUAGAAAGUUUCAAUGAAUCUAUUAAUGAAUUUCCUACUAAAAAAAAGAGAGCCGUUAGAUCUCUAUCUGCCAAUCUUUAUGGGUUAAUAAAUCAAGAGCGUAUACAUUUGCACAGACAACCAAGCCUUUGUGAGAUUAAAGAUGACGUCGAAAAUAUAGAUAGUAUUUGUAAGUCUAUAGAAAAAUUAGAUUAUUUUAGACGUGUUGUCAGCGAUGGCGAAUUAUCCGAUCAAGGUAAUACAAAGUGGUAUGGUGAAAAAUAUACUAAAAAUAAUUUUGAUAUAAAUGGAAAUCAUCGUGAUUCUGGUCCUUGUAGAAAAAUGCUACGAGUUUAUGUCUCUCCGUCAACAACGAUACAAUGGUCAGAUAAAAAUUCUAAUCAUCGUGAAGAUACGCCAACGUCAACUUUUCUCAGUGCUACCAGACGGACUUCAUCUGUUGACAUUAAUCAAGAUUCUUGGAAACAAACUCGUAAUGAUUCUUUAACUGCUAAAGAUAAUACAGAUUCAGAUUUUACUGCAUACAGUCGUUUGUGUCAAGAUUUAGUAAAUAUAAUUAAGGGGACGGAUGAACCAGAUAUAAAAACCAACGAGCAGGAUGAAGUAAUAAUUGAAGCCAAAAACUCAAUUCGUCAAAAUAAAGUUGAGAUAGAGCCUUUAAUUACAGAAUUACGUAAUGAACUUCUUGAUAAUACACUUCAAGAACGGUCCAAUUCAUUUAAGAAAAAGGAGACGGAUGAAACAGAGGAAUCCAUUGACUUAAAGUUGGAUGAAGAAAAUGUUUUUGAAAUUGAAGAUGAUAAACUCGAUUAUUAUCUUCGUUUGGCGAAUGAAAAUGUAAAGAUGAUUGCACAGGCUUUUAGCAACGUUGCUGACCACGUACAGGAUGGCCUUGAUGUUGUUCCUGGAGAUGAUUCAUCAAGCCAUCUUAAAACCGACAGCGAUAACACACGUGAAACUAGCACGCGUUCGUCAUCACUAUUAGUAGAGGGAGAUGAAAAGACACAGGAUGAAAUGUCAACGUCCUCGAAAAACGAAGAUCCUGUUACAAUAAGCGUAGAAUCCGAUAUAUCUAAAGAAAACCUUGAUGUUCCUAAUUUAAAAAAAGAUAACGUUAGACAUCCAUCGGAAAUUGAAAUCGAUCUUAACAGAGCCGUGGAAGAUCUACAAAUAGCUGCAGCUAGUUUAAAUGGUAGCGUACAAGAGAUGAAAGAAUUAGAGAUUCAACUUGCGAAACUAGGUGAAGGUUAUUUGGCCAUCGAAGUCGAAGACAAAGUCAACAACAAAAAUGAACAGGAGAAAUUGAAGAAGGAGGAGGAGGAAAAAGAAAAAGAGAAAGAGAAGAAGAAGGAGAGGCAGAAAGAUGAGGAAGAGAAGAAGAAGGAAGAGAAAGAUAAACUUAAAUUAUUUAUUGUAGAGAAGAAAGAUGUUAUAUUUGAGUCAAAUAUCGAACAAGAAAACGGAGCAGAAGGAGCAAAGAAAAAUGUUGAACAGGAAUGUAAGAUGUUGGAGCCAAUAGAAACGGAAGAUGACAGCAGGCCUAUUGCGGUUCGCGAAGGUGAGAGGAAUGUAUGGGAGGUUGAUUUAAAAACAUACGAGAAUUAUUUCGCACGAUCGAUCGAAAUACGUGUUCCUUAUGUAACUAACAUCAUUACUAUAACUAUAACAGAAUAUUCCAUGGUUUUACUCGCUUGCCUCCUUGCACUGCUUUUAGCAAUCGUAGCAGCGUCGUGAGAACGAUUCUAUCAAAGUGCAUUUAUAUGGUAUGGCAUAUUUAUGGUGGGUCAUGUGUUUUUUUACCCUGGGGUUGUGCAAUCGUCAUUUGUAUUUUCGUCUUACUAAUGUCGUAGGUCUCCAGGAUAAUGUUCGUUCGGCAUGCGAUAAAGGUUACCAUGCGAGUAUGUAAACUCGAUUACACUCGUGGUGUUGUGGAUUCACGUAAGGCGGCGACAGGUGUGUGUUCCUUCUGAAUUUUUAAAUAAAACAAAAAAAGAAAAAGAAAAGAAAAUAAAAAUAAAAAUAUAUACAUGCAACUCUACGAAUUGAUUAAGAAAGGAACGAUUUUCUUGUUGUUCUCGUUGUUGUUGUUGCUGCUGACGCUGUUAUCGUUGCUAUUGUUAUUGUUGUUGGUUUUAAUAAAGUUUAGACAUUUGUGCCGCAUA